AUGGCAGAGAAAACAAAAUUGAAACCUGGGGAUAUUGUUUCAAAAAAGCUUCAAUCAAUUAUAGAACCAAUUUCAUAUGAUCAUAUAUCAGACGAUUCUGUUUGGGAGGACUAUUCAAUUUUAGAAGAUAUUGAAGAGAUUUCGAAAUUAUUAAUUAGCAAUACCCAAUUAAAGCUUCAAGAACUUUUACCAAACUUUAUUUAUUUACUCCGUGACAGAAUGAUCCAUAAACCAACUGAUAUUCAAUAUAUUUUACCAUUGGUAUUCAAAGUAUUAGAAAUUGCAAAUCCAAAUGAAAUUGAUGGUGACGAUGAAAUUAAGAAAUACCUGACACCAUUCCAAUUUAAAACCAUAUUAUCACUUCUUUCAAGUUUAGUUUUAAUUGACCCAAGUACCACUAGUAAUAAUGAUAUCGUUAUUCACAACACAAACAACCACAAAAAUAUACCACAAUCUUCAAUUACAUGUCUUUCGAAAUACAUUUACCAACUAUUACCAUAUCUUGUAGAUAGAAUUGCUUUUUGGAACUCUAUACCAAAUGACCAAUUUCAACAAAUUAGCACCUCAAAACUAGAAUUUGAGUCUAUUUCAAAUUUAAUUUAUUUUUAUUCAGAGAAUCCAUUAAAAAAUAUAGAUAGCGGUAAUUGGGGCACAACCAUUAUUCAUAAAGGUAUUUUAUCUCAAUUUAUCGCGAUAAUAGUUUAUAAAUUGAUGAUAUCAUUCAAUAGUGGCGUAGAUAUUUUAUUAGAUAAAUUAUGCAAACUUUGUUGUAAAUCAAAUCUAUUAACACAGUUUAUUCAGAAAGUUCCAGAAUUUAUGAAUUUAGUUUUAUCGAACCAAGAAUUCAUUCAAAUCUUUCCCCAAUAUCAUUUAGUUUGGAUAUUUAUUUUCAAAUGUUGUUACCCACUAGAGAUUAAAAAUACACAAACUCAGCCAACAAUAAAGAGAAAUAAUUUGGAUGAAACAACCACAAUAAUUGCUCAAGAUAUUGAUGAUAAUAUAAAAUCUUUUGUUGAAAAACUAGAAAAUGAAUAUCAAUCUAUGUCAUUCAGCGAAAAUGAAAAUAAAAAAUUGGAACAACUAGAUGUAAUAUUAAAUAUUUUGUUAGAAGCAAAAACCAAAAUAUCAAAUAGACAAUUAUCAGAAAAACUAUUCACAAACGAAAAUAUUCAAUCAAUGUUCAAUAAAUUUGAAAAACAAAUUGUUUUAAUAAAAAUUAAUCAACACAGAGAAUCACAGCAACAACCACAAGAAAAAGAGAAAAAAACAAAAGCUCAAAAGAAAUCAUUAGAAAACACACUUAUUAAACUUAAAGAUACAUAUCUCAACGUCAAAAUUUAA